AUGUCCAUGUUUGCCGUCGUCCGCAAACAACUUAAGAGCCACCCAGCUGUAAGUAAAACUCGGUUAUUUUUUUUUAACAGUCGUGUUGUUUUGAGUGUUUUUCUCAACCCCUUCCCUGGUGUAGCUGAGUUAGCUUAGCUUAACUAGUUGCUAGCAUUAGCAGAUACUCAGACUUUGACCGCGCUGACUUUGAGAGACUCGGGCCGAAAAGAUGAUACUUUAAAAAAUACCCUUUAACAGUCACAAAUAAACUGUAUUUGUGUUGAGUUUGUAAUAACAUUGAAAAGUCUAGUGAUGAUUUGGAGUCAAAUCAGGUCACGGGCUCGUUAACCAACACUAAACCCAGGAUAGUGAGCCCAGGAGAGGGUCCUGUGAGCUGGAAACACCACCCACUACUGCAAGAUAGCAAGUUAGCCGAUAGCUGUUGACAUGUUUACAUCGAGUAACCUGUCACAUUUAUGAACAUACAAAGUAAUAUCUCUUCAUUAAUCUUAAGUAGUGUCUCAUGGUUAAGAGGCGGUGGCUGGAGAAAAUGUAAAAUAGCGUCAGUAUUAGAUCUAACGUGGCUCAUCGGACCAGACAGCAGCUGGAGGUCACAGGGACUGUAAGUUUUAGGCAAUGCUAAUGUUACAACUCAUGGUAGAAAAGUUUAAUUAAUACAUAAAUUUACCUUGAAGUAUUACAUAUAAUUCACCAAGAAGAAGAAGAGGAAGAAAACUACGAUUAAAUAUUAACAUUGAAUAUUCAUGAUUUUUGUUAAACAGUCUCCUGUGAGUUUUAUACCUGCUCCAAACAUUUUUGGUUGAUUUUAUCAAAUGAAAAAACUGGACAACCUUCAGCAAAAAUACAUUGUCCCAUUAUGUAUUUUGAAGGCAAGGUAAUUGCUUUGUUUUGGGCGAGCUUUAAACUAAGGAAAUGUCAACAGAGCUACAUGUACACAGGUAGCAUUGUUAGUUUGCCAUCCUAUACUGAAUACUUUCCUGAGCUGUUCUCUGUUUAAGUUUAAGAUUCCUGAUAUUCUCUCUGUCACACACAGCUGAUCCCCCUCUUCGUUUUCAUCGGCGGUGGAGCAACCAUGUCUAUGAUGUACCUCGCCCGUCUGGGUCUGAGAAAUCCUGAUGUCUGGUGAGGAGUCUAACUUAUGCCUUCUUACAGAAACCUAAGUAGGCGUGCAGGGGUACAUGUUUCUUUAAUUUAAUAAAACUGCGUAUGAGAAAAAAUGAGAGUUACAGGGAGUUUUCUCUCUGUUGUUUUAUCUUUCACAAUAUGUCACCCUUCUAUUCUUUUCUGCAGCUGGGAUCGCAAAAACAACCCUGAGCCCUGGAACAAGAUGGCCCCGACUGAUCAGUACAAGGUGUGCUCUCAAAUCUUAUUAGUCGUGCUGUAUUGAUUUUUAGCAUCGACAAGAGAAGGUGUGUGGGAUAAGGGCUUUAAAUGGAACUUUGCCAGGUGCACUGAGCCAUGGUUUUGUCUAAUGUUUGGAUUAAUCAAAUGAGAUUAUCUGGUUAACUCUGACUUGUACUAACAAAUCUGAUGAAGUCAUUAACUUCAGACUAAGUCCACAGCAACAGUAAGAGUUUAAACAAGCAAUUAAAUCCACACUUCUAAUGCUAGUAUUAAACUAUUUCAGGGAGACUUAUUCUGUGGUCUUUUGAAGAUAGAUAAUUGUGUUAAAGUAUCUAAAAUACCUUUUUUUUUUUUCUCUGUCCAUCUCUUUUGUGUAACAUUUUGAUUGAGUUUUUUGUUGUUGUUGUUGCUUUCUCAGUUCUACACAGUGAACAUGGACUACAGCAAGCUGAAGAAGCAGGGUCCAGACUUCUAA